UUGGUAUGUCAGAUCUCACCUUGAGCGGUUUCGUGGCGACCAUGCCCAUCCCCCUUCCGGGAAUUGAUCGAGGUGCGACCCCAUGGAGCUCGAUCCCACGGUCCUCUGCCCAGCGAAGGAGUUCGUCGUAGACCUCCAUUGCAGUCAGGAGCGCAGGGUCAUAAAAGUACACUUAUUGUAACCGGGGCGAGUUCAAAGCAAAAAAGUUGUAAGCCAGGAGACGGAAAGAGUAUGUUGUUAACAAGCACUGAUACGUUAUAUUGUAUGCAGGUUAGAUGUUCUGUCUGCUCUUGAUACUUCAUAUAGGUUCAACAUUGCCAUAUGUCUGGUAAUACCGAGUUGUGCUCUCCCUAUUACAUUGCGAACGUCUCAUUGUCUGAUCAAAUUGUCAGCCAAAAAUCAAGAUGCUGGUUCUUCCAUGGCGGCAUGAUUCCCACCGUGGUAUUGAAUGUGACGCAGGGUUAGGGUCUGGUAUUCCACAUCGGUCUUCAACCAGCCGAGUCUCCGAUCUUCAACAUGUCGAACCACUUCCGGCCAAUGCCGAGUCCCGACCACGUUCUCCUUCGGCCAGAUAUCAGGAUGCGAUACUGGUGUUCGGCGCCCAAUUCGUCAUGGAGGUGGCUCUUAGACGUACAGCGGCUCUUGUAGCCCGCAAUAACAGGCUUCGGCCUGCUGCCGCAGCUCUUGGAAACACCGUCCAAUCGAGGCCCUUCUCCCUCUCCAGUCUCACCCGCCCUCCGCCCAACUACCCAGGCCAUGUUCCUCUCACCCGUAUCGAAAAGGCCGCUCUGGCCAUUGGCUCGGGUCUCAUGUCCCUUCGGGACCCGCGACGAGGAGACCUCAUCGCCGCCUUCGCCGAAGCGACCGCAACACCCUACUUCAUCUACCGCCUUCGCGACGCCAUGCUCGCCUCGCCCACGGGCCGGCGCAUCCUGCGCGACCGGCCACGCAUUACCUCGACCUCGCUCAACCUCCCGCACCUCCGCUCCCUGCCGGUCAACACGGUCGGGCGCACCUACGUCGCCUGGCUCGACCGCGAGGGAGUCUCACCCGACACGCGAGCGUCCGUGCGCUACAUCGACGACGAGGAGUGCGCCUAUGUCAUGCAGCGCUACCGCGAGUGCCACGACUUCUACCACGCGCUGACGGGCUUGCCCGUCGUGCGCGAGGGGGAGGUGGCGCUCAAGGCGUUUGAGUUCGCCAACACGCUGCUACCCAUGACGGGCAUGAGCGUGUUCGCUGCGGCGACGCUCAAGCCGAGCGAGAGGAGGAGGUUCGCGGGAAUAUACCUCCCCUGGGCGCUGCGGAACGGGUUGAAGGCCAAGGAGGUGAUUAAUGUGUACUGGGAGGAGCAGCUCGAGAGGGAUGUGGACGAGCUGAGAAGGGAGUUGGGGGUGGAGUCGCCGCCGGAUUUGAGGGAGAUACGGAGGAGGGAGAGGGAGGAGAGGCGGAGACGCAAGGAGGAAGCGGCUGCCAGGGCGGGUGCUGCGUAGAACAGGGGCGAUAAGGUACCAUGGCGGAGAACUGGACAAAAAUACUUUAACCGCGUGUACAAAUAAGAACGCUGUAAGGUACCAAAGAGACACUGCAUCGAGCUCCGAGUCAUGAUCAGGAGCUAUAACCAAUGCUGAACCCCAAAUCAGAGCAUCAUUCUUCCUCUCCUACAAGUCCAGCAAGUCGUCGUCAUCCUCCCAUCCUUUCCUCCGGUUCAC